AUGUACUUCGCAUCAUCUAUCCUCCUCGCCGCAUUGGUCGGUAUUGCGCAGGCGCAAACUCCCUCAGGAUUUACGCCCUCGGUUGAUACAAAACUCGAUGUCCUCUUUAACUCAACCGCCGUCAAUACACCCGGGCAGCAGCUGACAAAAGCCGUGACCGCGAGUCAACCACAAAUUGCCAUAUCAAGCUCCGCCAUCGCCUCAAACGACACCUACAUGUUCGUCAUGCUGGACUUGGAUGUCCCCCCUACAGAAGGGAACUCUACGCGGCGCGUCCUCCUGCACGCCAUGAACACCGGCUUCAAGGCCACUCAACAGAAGAUCGGUGGCUCGGCCGUGCUGCUCGCAUCCUCCGAAAAGGGACCUGCAACCUAUCUCGGCCCUUCCCCACCAGCGACAGACACGAUCGCACAUCGCUACGUCCAGUUGCUCUUCCAGCAGCCCAGCACCUUGCAGGUGCAGGCCUCCGACUUCGCGGAUACGCAAGCGAGGAUCAACUUCAAUAUCAAUUCCUUCAUGCAGACGAAUGGUGUGAGCGCGCCAAUUGCAGGGAAUUUCUUCACCGUGGAUGGCAGGGCCGGCGCAACUGCGAGCGGAACCGCGACGGCGAGCGGCGGUAUCUCGAGGAACACGCUGCAGCCGUUCGAGGGCGCGGCAGGAAGAGUAGAUCUGUCGCUAGGUUUGGCGGGCUUGUUAGGCGGAUUGGCGUUGGUAGCUGUGUAAGGACUAGCUCGUUCAGACCGUAAAAAUGGCUUCUAGGAGGGUAAGAGGACAGCUGUGAUAGAUUGUCAAAGCUGGAUUCCUUUGAUAAAUUGCAUGUACAGAUACCAAUAUG